AUGUCAAAAUUCGACAAAAAUCGUAGUCGGGCGGUAGGUCGACUUUUAUGGUCCAGAAAAUGCAGAAAGGGUCGUACGUGACUUCUGGUCGAGGUGCCGAUACCACAGGCAGGUGCGGCAGACCCAAUAGUGUACAAGUACAUCCAUCAGUUGCGGCCUGGAAGGCCGCAACACAGACAAAAACUGUGAUUUUAGGGUUAUGGGUCGCGGAUCGACCUUUUUACUAGAUAGAGUAAUAACUGAGAUAAAGUCUGACCCUGACAGGUGCGCGACAAGCUCAAUCCUAACCAACUUCGUCCAAAAACUUCCAAACACACCAUCUUUGACAAUGGAGCCACUCAGUUUGGGAAGACCCGUGGACGCCCACAUGAGACAAAAGUUUCCAACAGCCUAUCCUCGACCAAGGAUCACGCGGCUGCUAAGCGAAUGGCGGCCAUUCCCGAGGUCAUUGACAUCGAAGAACUGAGGGAUGACGAGAAGCCACCAUGCCAGCUCGCACCGUUACAAGAAGGAUGUCUUCCACUCAAUAUCUACGAUACAGUUCAGCUGGAGGAGCGCCGAAGCAAUGUUUCUGCCGUCAAGGACAUUAUCAAGCGCAUUCCCAAUGAUAUUCAGAAGGUUGAUUGGGACAUAUUCCUCGACAUUCACGCCGGCGACCACGCACCAGGUUUGAACUUGAGCUCCUUGCACGAAAUGGCCAACAUGAAUUUGUGGUUGAGGGCUUCGCACAUUGAUGCUUUCAGCAGCGCUAUCAACCGGUUCCAAGGCCAAUUGCCUUUCAAUGGUCGAUCAAAAGAGGUUCGCGACCUUGAACCGACGUGCUACGCAUUCUAUCUCGAAGGAGGGAAGUGCGCAAAGGGAAUUGGAGGCACUCGACCAACCGAGCGGCAGCAAGGUGUGAGUUCGGAUGAGAAUGGGCAUGCAUAGCUUUCUAGCAUCAUUGACAGGAGGUCUGCCUCUUCGUUGCGCCGCCCCCUCACCAGAUUCUCCUUUCUCGAACACCAGUUCUACUCUUCCCAACUCAUGUCACCAAUCAUUGGAUCCUUGUCGAGGCACGCUUUUCCGAUUGUACAUUUCGCGUGUACGACUCUCUUUUUGGCAGGGAGAACAUGCGCAAGGAGGCAAGCGAAAGUCUCGAUGUGAGUUCAUUCUCUAACGAUCACAAAGUACUUCCAAAGGCAAUCAAUCUCUGCGCAGCCGCUGACGUCAUUCGCCCUUUCUGCCUGCCAGUCAAUCAUCAAUUUUUUGGAGACUCGUGCACAGGGACCGAUAGAGCGCAUCACUGGAGGCAUUGAUCGACCGACAGUCCCGUACAAAAAUUGGAAGUGA